AUGACUACUACCUCGAUGACAAUAAACAUCGAUACACUCUAUGAUGAUUUAAUGAGUCUUUGUUCCCAAGAUGAUGCUUUCUAUUACAAAGACAUUCGUUUACAUGCCAUAAAUUAUCGUAUAUUCAAUCAUCGUCUUUGCUCAUAUGGAAGGUUUAAGACGCGUACAGCAGCCUUGAAUAGUUGUGGAACAAUGCUUAACAUUACAAAUUCGAACAAUGUAAAACUUGUUUCUUUACCACCAGAGAGAAUUUUCGAUUAUGAAGAAGGUUUCGGUCAAAAACAAUAUCAUGAACGUGGUCGAUUAGGAGACAAAAUGGAGAAAAUGGAUGGAGCAUUGAUGUCAACAUUUUUACAUGGAAGAACUUCAAAAGAACAAGUCCUUCGACUUAAAUCAAAACAAUCGUUAACAUCGAAUCAAGUUCUGGAAGCGAUGCAAUUACUCGUGGGUAAUCUCGACCAUCUCGUUCCGUUUGAAUCCAUUCUACCUGAUGUAACACAAAAACAAUUACUCCAAGAUACUUAUCAACAAACUCAUGGCGAAGGUUAUGUUAUUGAGAUUAUUCAACCUGAUCAACGAUCCUAUCUUGUCAAAAUUAAAACACAAAAAUACUUUAUGGUUUAUGGAGACGGUGGAAGCGAGAAUUCACCAAGAUCACUAUUCGAAGCUAUCAUUAACGGAAAUGCAGAUGAUUUGGCGGCAUUGUUUAACGAUGAUACAGAAACAUUAAAGAGAAUCGAUGAAAUGGAAAAAAAAAUAAAACCAAAAUAUUAUCGAAUGAUUGAAUUAGUUGAACAAUUUUACCAGAAGAAUAAACAUUUGUCGAAAAGAGACUUCGUUCGAUCAAUCAAGAUGACAGAAGAUAUGAAGAUUUACUUACCACUGUCGACGACAUUAUAUGAAGGCAAGGAAAAUGAUUAUAAGGUGUUUGCAAUGAAACAUGCAAAAGAUCUGUUCGGCAUUGGUGGCGAUGGCAAUCAUCGGACAACAACAGUGAACCAGGACAAGUUAGAAUGA